AUGGACAGCUAAUUGGACUUUGGGAGGAAAACCUCAUCAGGAGAUGGCCUCAUCAAAAGAUCUCACCUGUGCUGUGUGCUGUGAUGUCUACAAGGAUCCUGUCAUGCUGACCUGCUCUCACAGUGCAUGUAAGGCCUGUCUGCAGCAGUUAUGGGAGAAGAAGGGAUCCAGAGAAUGUCCAGUCUGCAGGAAAAAAGUUUCUAUAGAGCCACCCCCUAACCUCACUUUGAAAAAUGUGUAUGAGACACGCAUACAGGAGAAAGACCAAAGGGCUUCAACAAGAACAGAGGUGCUCUGUAGUCUGCACAGCGAGAAAAUCAAUCUCUUCUGUCUGGAGGAUAAACAGCCCGUGUGUCUGGUGUGCAGAGACUCUAAGACUCACAGAGGACACACCUUCAGUCCCAUCAAUGAAGUGGCAGCUGACAUGAAGGAGAAAUUCAAGAUCGUACUGGACCCCCUGAGGAAGAAGCUGAAGAUGUUUGAAGAAGUGAAACUCAUCUGUGACCAAACAGCUGCUCACAUUAUGACACAGGGCGAUAGAACAGAGAAGCAGAUCAAGCAGGAGUUUGAGAAGCUUCACCAGUUUCUACGAGAUGAAGAGGCAGCCAGGAUAGCUGCAUUGAGGGAGGAAGAGGAGCAGAAGAGUCAGAUGAUGAGGGAGAAGAUUGAGAAGAUGAGCAGAGAGAUCUCAUCUCUUUCAGACACAAUCCGACCCAUAGAGGAGGAGAUGGAAGCUGAUGAUGUCACAUUCCUUCAGGGCUAUAAGAAAACAUUGAAAAGAGCCCAGUGCACACUGCAGGAUCCAGAGAGGCUUUCAGAAGGAGCUCUGAUCAAUGUGGCAAAGCACCUGGGCAACCUGAAGUUCAGAGUCUGGGAGAAGAUGCAGGAGAUUGUUCAUUACACUCCUGUCACUCUGGAUCCCAACACUGCACAGCCCCUGCUCCUCCUGUCUGAGGACCUGACCAGUGUGAUAUGUGGUGUGGAGAGACAUCAGCUUCCUGAUAACCCAGAGAGAUUUAGUUAUAUUGCCAGUGUGCUGGGCUCUGAGGGCUUUAACUCAGGGACACACAGCUGGGACGUAGAUGUCGGGGAGAACACACGGUGGAACGUGGGUGUGAUGACCGAGUCUCUCCAGAGGAAGGGAGACCCCACCUCCAGGAGUGGACUGUGGUUUUUCUGUUAUGAGCCUGGAAAAUGUUCAGCUUUUACCACACCACUGCCUUUCACUCUUGUUAGAGUGAAGCAGAAACUCCAGAAAUUCUGUGAGUGUGUCAAUUUGUUUUGGGAUGGCAUUAAAUAG